AUGUCUUACCAGACCAGUUCCAAACGGUCGCCGCCAUUCUGGCUUCUGACUGGGCAGAAAAACACAAAAGUUUUCUGGCACCAAUCAGCAUCCAGAACGGCUGUGACCGUUUGGAACUGGUCUGGUCUUCUCGCCGUUCUUUACUUUUCUUCGUGCCAUAUUUUUCCGCCCGUUUAGACUUUCCCUCGCCCCCACUAUCUGCCCUUGGGUCUCCGAGGAUGUGUUUCAACAAAAACUCUUGGAAAAAAGCAUUUUUCAUUGUCAAAAUGACUGGUCUGGCUAUGGUCCAACCGAUCAGUUCUGACUUUUGGAAAGCGCCCUAAAAGACAUCUUUUACAGAUCUAGAGCUGAGGUGGUAUAUCUUCAAUCUAUCAUUAACGACAACUUUCUUAACAUUUUAUUGGUUAUUAAUUAAUUAAUUUUAAUUAUCUAUUUUUUAUGCUAUGUAUCAUUUCUUUUUUUCGGCUUCGCUUUGAACAAUCCACUUGUUCGAAAGGCUAUUGUAUCAGAAUUUGGCCAGGGUCAAGAACAAUAGAUUUUGUUUAGUAGCUUUAGUUUUAUCACACGUGAAGUUCCACGUUUAAUCCUGACCUUAAUCAACAUUUUAUAACUGGUAGGUAAAAAAUAUUGUAUGCACGAAUAACUUGCGGUUAAAACAACAGAGGCUGUAUGUUAGCUACUAAAAACUUUCUCAUGGUACUGUUUAUUAUGCUGUACACGGUGGUUCUAACCUUUUUCAUCUGUGGGCUAUUCAAGUUAAUGCUACUGAGCAGCACUUUCCUGUGGCACUGUUUAUUAUGCUGUACAAGGUGGUUCUAACUUUUGAGUCUGUGGAUGAAAUCGUAAAGUGUGACCAUUCAAAUGAAAGCUACUGAGCAGUACUUUCCUGUGGUACUGUUUACUAUGCAAUACAAAGGAUUUCUAACAUUUGAGCCCAGGAAUAAAAUCUUUAAGUUUGACCAAUCAAAAGAAAGCUAAUGAGCAGAACCGGUGUCCUCUAGCUACUGCACGCACCUGACAGUAAUGGCUACCCUGCUCAACAGGUUUUACUUCAAAUCUGCGCACGGUGUAAUGAGCAAACGCUUCUUCAUCAAGGUAUGUCACUCUAAGGGGACCAUGAACUUCUGUUUUUGCUUGUUUGGAAGGCCAGUACAUGGUACAUUUGUGCUGCAACAAAAUUAAUACUCAGUAAAUGAUCUAAUUGACACACCCAUUCAAAGGAAUGCCUCUUGUCUAAUAAACGCCCUCUCUACGAUGUUCGGUUUUUAUUAAAUACCCCUCUCUAAUCAGUGGCAGAUCUAAAGGAGGGGCCCGGCCAGCCCCCCCCCCCCCCCCCCCCUCCCUACUUACUUUUAAAACCAAAGUGAGGCCCGAAGGGUCGAAAAACUUUUUUUUGGGAGACUGCCGGGUCUGGAUGACCGCCCCCCCACCUACCUCAAGGUCUGUAUCCGGCACUUCUUGUAAACACCCUCUGUUUAACAGAAUACUCGGACAAGUGUCAACGGGGCCUUAAGGUCUUUUUAAGGCCAAAAUAGCUUCUUUCAUUGCUACAGUCAAACCUUGUUUAUACGGAAUCUGAGGGGCCAUAGAAAGUCUCGGUAUUUACAGGGUUGAAUUUAGAAAAAAAUAAGGGCGUUCGUUCCCCAGGGAUAAAGCAAACUGUCCGUAAUAAUAAGGUGUCCGUAUCAAGUGGGUGUCUGUCACGCAGGGUUAAGUUUGACUGUAUUACAGACUAAGCGAUUGCUUACCAGUUACCGCUUGUUUCUUUCGAUUACACGCCGCAACGCUUGUUAAAUUCUUAGCGUUUUUGAUGCCGUGUUUAUCCCAAGGCGGCGUUUACAUGUAUUUUCAAAAUCACAUUUAUUAAAUCGCUCACAACAACAUCGCUCACAACAACAUUCAAUUGAAGUUAUGUUAAAAACGUGAAAUUGGGCAUUUUUACAUCGUAGUCGUGCAGUGACGGCAAAGAAAUGUACAUAAAGUGUGAUGCACGUGCAAAGUUGUUGUUUUGCCAAUCUAAGCCUAUUGCUUUUCAGCCGUUUUCGUUGCCGUCGACCCUACUGGCCAAUUUUUACCCCUGUCCCUUGCAAUAGUCCCGAACGUUUUUGCGAAAGUUAACUUUACCAUUUUUCUUCUUGUUUCAAAAGUGGUGAAUACAACAUACCCUUCCUCUUUCAAUAAUUUUUGUUAUCAUGACAAUGACUGUACAGUUUUGCUCCCAGACCAUCCGCCAAAAAUCACUGAUGGUGUUGGCCACGGGUCCUGUAACACAGGGGAGAACAAAACGAGAACAAUUGUUAAUUAGAAAGUUGUUACUGGGGUCAAACAUUUAACGAUAUUAUUGAAUGAGAUUGAGUGUGAGGAGGAGAGUGUUAUCCGCUUAAAAUAUGCAAAAUGUUUCAGAUCAUACAAAAACCCAAUCCAAGAAUUUUUUUUUUAUAUUUAUUCAAAACAAUUCUUACUUUAAAAACAUAGUUAGCCUGUGUAAAGAAGCCCCCUUCCCUCAGUCAAAAAAAUUUUACUGAGGGGAGGGGGCUUCUGUACACAGGCUAAUACAUACUCGCAUCAUUAUAUGUUUCUGGGAAUCUGCCCACAUACCCCUCCCCUAAGCCAAUAUUUUGCCCUAAGUGAGAACCACGUGUUAAUGUUGGUUUAGGGAAGGGGUAGGUAGUUCGGUUUCCGCCUUCAUUUGCCUGUUUCUCGACAAAUUUAGGAUAUAAAAGGAUGUUCAAUUUAGCAGAUAUUUUUCAAAAAAAAAUUGUCACCAGUCGAGUUGUAUUUUUGCUGUUUUUUACUAUGUUUUUAUGCAGUAGUAUAACUAUUUUUUUCCAGAAAUUUUUCGCCAAAAUCGCUGAGCUGACGCAACCUUGUCCGCCCAGGGCUUCUCGGUUGCAAUACCUUUUUCUAAAAAACAACAAACAAACAAAAACUUUAUUGUAAGAAUUAACUUAAGUAAUCACACUGGCCCACAGGUAGCAAACGCUAAUCUAGGCGGGUCAGACAAACAACUGCAUGAGAGUUAAGGAAACGAUAACUUUGGAGUUUGAGAGAAAAAUCAGUUGAAACUUCAAAGGCCUAAUUAUAAUUAUUUAGCCAGUCCAACUUUUUGUAUGAUGAUAGAAACUAUACUCACCUUGGGUUGCUAUAUAAGCAUUAGCUUUUUCAAAGCUCUAAAGAAAAAGAACAGAAUCUUAGAUUAAAUUACAGGCAAACCCUUGUUAAGCAGUCACCCAUUGGGAAUGGCUUAAAGACCGCUUAAUACAGGUUGACUGUAUGAUAACGUGAGAGUUAUUCAAGAAAAUGAAGGUAUGGUAGUCAAAGACCGAAAUAUCUAUGCCGAGACAAAUUGACGUCCGCCUGUUUCUAAAUCUUCUUGGGCCAAAAGAAAAAACAGUUAAAGAUCACUUGAUGCCAUACACAGUGCGACCUAUUGCACUAGUAUGGUACGUCUUCUCAAAGCGACCGUUUCAUAGAGGUGAAGACAAUAAAAAAUAAUUCGUUGGGACCUCGGAAAAGGUGACUGCGACCGCUUAAUAGAGUUCACGGGUUAAUACAGGAGCCGCUUUAAUAAUACAGGUCAGUUUAAUUAACAUUAAUGAAUGAGGCUGAGUAUCUUAUGACGAAUUAUGUAGAUCGAGGUGGAUAACACCCUCCGAGAUCUCCAUAAUUCUUCAUAUGAUACAAAAGCCGAAUUCAUUAAUUGUUAACUAUGUGUAGCCUAGCUGUUGAGGCAUUAUUUAAUAUGGGCACAUUUUACUUUAAACACAAUUUCAUAAUGCCACUUACAUCAAUGUAGUUUGCAUUAAUAUAAUGAGAUUCAGGGUCGUUUUCUGUUAGAGAAAGAAUCACCCUUGAAUGAUCAUCUGAAAAGGACAACAGCAAACUUACACAUGGGUAAAACACAAACAUUAGCAUUAUUUCUAUGAUUGAAGACUGGAAAAAAAAUGUCUGCUGAAACAGGUGACGCAUGGCAGCACAUUGAAAACUCUGUCUCAGAUGCACUUUAAUGACGAUGAUUAUUGAGUAAUAUUCUUGUCCUCUACCACACAUGCUAUGAAAAUAAGGGCAAGGGUCUGCCUGAUAUAUGGGGGUUCAUUAUAUUGGUCUUCCAAUAUAUAUAAACUUGUAAAUUACUAACAUACACUGCAGUGUACUGAACUUACAAGCUACAAUAUUGUUAAAUCUGUUCUUGGAUUGGUUUUCUUGUUUUUCACUAUGUACCCACGACCUGCUUUUAAGAUGGACACUCUUUAAACUCUGUUGAUUAAAAAAAGUUAUUACAGUAAAAAUAGGUCAUUAUAAUUACAUGUAAGCUUUAUGAUCAAGUACUGACUUGAAAUGUUUGCUACAGUAGUAAUGAAUUUGACCAUUCACCCCCACAAGUUCAAUCUUGUCCCCAAAGCUGCGAUCCUUUUGGCCAGCACCAUGAAUCAAGAGCUCUGGCUGAGGACAAAACAGGAAGUCCCAUAAAAAUAGACUUCCGGCUUUCUGUGCAGCUUUAGAAAUUUGAAAGAAUACAUGGGUAACAGUUACCAUCUGUUACACAAAUGGGAGACUACCUGAGUGUUCUCCCUAAAUUUUAGCUCAGCAGGUAAGGGACCAUUCAUGGCCGGUAAGGCAAAAAAUAUGUGCCAGAGACGCACUUUCCUGGGGGGAUGGGGGCAGUGGAGUGAGGGACAUGGCUUUGACUUCGCUGUGAAAUUUAGGAGCUAAGUUCUUGGAAACGUCAUUCCCUCAUUUUAGGACCUAUUUUACGCAAAUCAGCCAUUAUCUUUAGACAUUAAUUUUAAACGUUUGAUUCCAAUAAUUUUACUCUGUCUUCAACGCCCUCUUUCCACAAUGUGUGGCCCAUAAAGAGAAAAGCUGUGUAUACUUUAGUACACUUCCAUAUAUUCAUUUAUUACCUUAAUCAGAUCGAUCACAACUUGCAUAUAAAUUUUUCAAAACAACUUAUUUAAUUUUAGUAAGUCUUCAAGAAAUGCAGGCGGUAAGAAUUUUUGCUUCAGACAGUACAAAAUGUAAAUUUUACUGGUUACCGCCUGAUAAGGAGAACACUGGACUACCGCAUCUGUUCACUAUCUUGUUCCCAACCUUACCAGAGUAUUCAGUUUGUAGCACUGGUGAAAAGCAAAAAGGAGAGAGUACAGGUAUAAGGCACAAAUAUCAGGGAAUCAGAAGUAAGUUGGACCUCAGAAAAAUAAGCAAUGGAUCGAGCAGAGUAAGCCAAUCGCAUCCUUUCCCUUCUACUUUGACCACCAAUGGUUAACUGCACUCAGCAGCCCGGUUUUACAGGCUAUAAAAUACUGUAGUUCUAAAGUGAGUAGAAGGAACUAUGGAAGUAACCAUUUUGGAAAAUGGUGUCUUAAAAGAGCAAGAACAUUAUCGUUAACUUACUUCAAAUUCUUGACUGAAUCUGUAAUCGCCAUCCAUGUGUAAAAUUUUAACAUGACGAGCAAAGUCAUCUACCAAGACUGCCCCAUGCUUUGCUUCUGUAAUAAGGGAACAAACAAAAAUAAUAUUCAAUUUUCUUGAACAGUAAUAUUUCCAUACUAGUAUCAUAUUUGAUUCCUCAUGAUCUGAAGUGAGGUGCAGAACUGAAGCCUUUGCGUAGUGAAGUUGUAAAUUUGUCAUGUGCUCAGCGAGUGUACCGUGUGGUUUGCACAGUGAGGCAGAAACUCAGGUCGGUAAUAUUUCUUUAUAUCACUUGGGCGUCUGCAGUUGACGUCAUCCAGUGUGACGUCAAGGUGCAUGUUAGGGUUGCCAGGCAACACAACUUCAAGUGCAAAUGAUAGCUGAUGAUGUGGUACACCAUCAUGUUUUCAUAAUGAAAGGCUGUCUGUUCCAUUCAACAAGUGGCUUGAAAACCUUGUCGGGGAAGAUUUAACAUUGAAACUCCACUGCAGCAAGAAAGGCAAUCUGAAAUCCACCACAAGCAAUGAAGAAGAAAACAGGCAGGUACAUCGAUCG